AUGAGUGAUCCCGACCUUGAAAAUAGGAAUCACGAGGAUGACAGCAAGCCUGAAAAUUCCCUUGUGCCACAAUACACUGGCCUUAAGAGACUCUACUAUAGUCCGGUCACCCAAGUCGUUCUUCUUGGUUUUGUCGGCUUCUUGGAACCUGGUCUCUUCAAUGCCGUCACAGGUCUUGGUGGAGGUGGCCAAAUUGAUGCAACCAUAAGUGCUAAUGCUAACUCCGCAGUCUACGCGACAUUUGCGGCCAUGGCAUUCUUUUCGGGAACUGUGAACAACAAACUCGGACCGCGCCUCACGCUCCUGCUGGGUACACUGGGAUACUCGCUUUUCAUCGGCUCAUAUUUAUCACUGAACAUCCACCCGCAUGCCGGAACCUUCGUCAUUGCUUCCGGAGCCAUCCUCGGAAUAUGCGGUGGGCUCCUCUGGACGGCUCAAGGAUCACUCAUGUUGGCAUAUCCAACAGAAAAUCAGAAGGGCAAGUUCAUCGCUAUUUACUGGGGAAUCUUCACUUCAGGUGGCGUUGUUGGAUCGGCGGUUUCAUUCGGACAGAAUUUCCAUGCUACAUCUGGAGGUGUUGGGAAUGGAACCUACAUUGCAUUUAUUGUCCUGAGUGCACUUGGUGCUUUGAUUCCUCCCUUGAUGGCUAAUCCGAACAAGAUGAUCCGGUCCGACGGGUCAAAAGUCACCGCCCCUAGGCAUCCAUCAUGGAAGACAGAAAUAUACGGUCUUUACACCACACUUCGUACAGAUCCUGCAAUUAUCCUCUUAUUCCCGAUGUUCUUCGCGUCCAACUGGUUCUAUACAUGGCAGUUCAACGAUUAUAACGGCACACUUUUUAACAUCCGUACGCGCUCUCUGAACAACAUGUUAUAUUGGACGCCGGAAAUAUUCGGUUCGCUAAUGAUGGGGCUCAUACUUGAUAAUAAAUGGUUCAGUCGCCGUGCUCGAGCGUUCAUCGGAUGGACUAUUCUCUUCGUUACGGUGUUCAUUGUUCAUGUCUGGGCUUAUUUUUAUCAAAAAGAUUACACCAGAGAGUCUAUCCCUCCUCUGAUUGACUUCAAGGACAGGACUUAUCCGCAACACGUCUGGCUUUACAUAUUCUGCGGUUUGCUUGAUUCUAUGUGGCAAGCAACAGUCUACUGGAUUAUUGGAGCCGUCUCGAACGAUCUGGGUAAACUUGCAUAUCUUAAUGGCUUCUAUAGAGCAUUCCAAGCAGCUGGUGCAGCCAUUGUGUGGCGCAUAGACGGUCUUAAAGUGCCAUUUAUGAGUAUCUUCCUCUCAACGUGGAUCUUGCUUGUUGCUGGUCUCCUGUGUGCUCUUCCGAUGUUGAUUGUGCGUGUUAAGAAUCAUACAGAGUUUGAGGAUGAAGUUGCGGGGACGAGAACGAAACUUUCCGAUGAAAAGAAACAGGAAUUGUAA